UCGCCCGCACGUACGAGCGACUUCACAUGCGGCACUCGAUCCUCUUCUCGCGAUGCGCUCCCGCUCCAUCCCCGCUGCCGCCGCCGCCCCCCACCACUCCCCUGUCUCCGGCUCAGCCACCUCCACCUCCACCACCCCCACCCUUCUCUCCAUCGCCCGCGGCACUCGAUCCGAUGCAGCGCCGAUCUGGCGGCGGGUGCGGCGUCUUGCUCCGGUGGCGACGGCGUCCUUAUGAUCCAAAGAAAGAGAGACAUGGAGUGAGGGAGCCCAACGCCACCGCAACGUCAAUGACCGCUCGCGCGUCUCAUUCACCUCCAAGCUUCGACGACGGCAGAUUAGCAGCCCCUGCGGCCGCGAUGACCCUGGAUCUACGGCCACAGCGGCGCCAGCGGCCCGGCCGGUGCAGGCCGCAACUAACCCUAGCUGCACUGGGAGUUCUCCAUCGGCUCGCCUUCCCCUCCGUCUCCGGUGGACAAACGCCUCUUCUUUCGCUCCGCCCUAGCUAUGGUAGACUGGGAUGAAUCUGCGCCCCACCGAUCUUGUUGGGUACCCUCCUAUUAUGUAGAAGCCUAGAAUUUCUAACACAAUUGCACCUCUAUGAUCCGGAGAUGUUGGCAUGUCAAGUUUUUGCUGGGACCACAUUGUGUUCUCUUCUGCCGGCAGAUUAAAUGAUGAAGGCGCUGACACUUUUCCCCAAUGUCUGGGCAAAGUCCAGAAAAUGGUGGGACACCAUCUAAUGAGGAGCGGCAUGUUGUACCAGGUUUAGAAGCAUCAGGUUCAGAAGGCAGGGGCGCAGACAACAUCAAUUGAUAAGCGUUAAAUCAUGGUCUUAUCAACAUGAUGGGUGUCAAGCUCGCGGUGUUGCCAUUCUGGGCGGAGUGGAGGCUGCCGCUUGCAUAGCUGCUUCAUCCGAAGGGUCGCCAUGACGAUGAUGCCAUCGCCUGACUGGGCGAGCCGAGGCAGGAUGCGAAGGCGGAGGUUGCCGCCCCCGCAGCUGCUCGGCCCUCUCUCCCUUGGUGUUGAGUUCUUCUUCGACCUUGGCCGUACACUGGGAGAGGAAAGAAGGACACGAUGGAUGUCAACAUGAGAAGGACAGAGGACGUGCUGGCGCACAAGCGGCUCCUGGAGCUGGCCAAGGAUUUGGUGCAGCGCCAGGCUUUCACCGUGGGGGUCGUGCAAAGAUAUGAUCUUGACCCUGCUCAAGCUGGUCCACACCGUUGUCACUGUAGCUCCUUCUCCGAGUCUCUUAUCAUCUGCUUUGCUGCCGGCUUGAAGUUGCAUGAUCUGAAGAAGAAUAACUCACGCCCAUUACCGCUAAUGUUUCAAUUAAAUGUCCACACAUCAUGUUCUCAUCUAUGGGAGUUCUUUUGUUGCAUAAUGCCCAGAACCUCUUUGCGUUAUUGAAUAUGAAAUUGCAAAUGUUAUUCGCGUUAAGCUUGCUAGGAAACGGAUUUUGGAGGUAUGCAUACGGUUCUCUAUUGUAGUAAAGUAAUUUAUUUGAAUUAUUGGUUACUUUCCCCUUUUGUUUGUUCAAGGAUGUAAGUUGUCCCCUGAUGCAUGGUCCUACCAUCCUAGACACAUUUGAAAUUUAUUUUAUUGUCUCAUUCAUGGACAACGGAUUUAGUUUGCUUGUAAUUAUGUGAUGGAUGGAUUAUAACAAGGUUAGACUAUCUGACCUUCUCAAUGUUAAGCCUUUGUAACCAUGAUGGGGAUUUUUGCUAUGUUUUUUUAUUGCUAGAACAUAGUAGAUGGACAGAAUCAAAACUCUAAAUUUGGUGUACCAAUUAAGAUGUUGUAUUUCACAUGCUCUAGACAUGCUAUAGACAUAUUGCUUCUGUCAUUUUGAUUAAUUAGUGGUAGAUGCAUAUAGUUAAACUGAAUAAUCAGCUUAUCCAAUUAGUUAAACUGAAUAAUCAGCUUCUGUCCUAUGGCUUGUAUGUCGUGGCAAGAUGCCAACUUACUACACCAAUUCUCAUUGGAAAUAAUACUCUUUGUCUUUGGGACCAAUUUUAGUGGUGACUUGAUAACUAAUUUUGUAGUUUCUGCUUUCGGUUGUGAGGAUGCAGACUAACAGUGCUGCUGAUUGUACAAGAGCCUGCAAAAGGGAGGAUAAUUUAUUGGACACUGUUUGUAAUCGGCGAGCUGGCCAAAACUGGGUCGGUCGCCUCGUCACACAAACGCGCACGCACAUGGACCCACGUGAUCGCUUGCCCAUCGCUCGCCACACAAACCUUAUCCCCACCUCCCGUGAGUAUCUAUCCAGUUCAUCCCCACAAGCACAUGGACUACUGCGAUGGGAGGUGGGUUCGGCAUGCCGCGCAGGGGACAGCGGCAGCGGCGGCGAGUGGGAGGAGCGCGCACGGCGGGUAGGAGGAUGAGAAGAGGAGCGAAGUGAAGGAAGAGGAAGACGACAAACUGAGGGGAUAAGAAUCCAACGGCUCGGAAGGGGCCAAUCAGACGGCUAGGGUGCGACCGGCCAAAACUUUGGGCUAGCGCCUAUUACUGGCCCAAUUUUAAUUAUACAAGCACUUUCUUGCCGACAUGAAUUCAUAACCUUUAUUAUAAUACUCGGUAUUGUGUUGUCUAAUGCUCCCUGAACUAGAAAAAUUUGCAUUUAGGUUGUACUUCCGAGGAGCGCACCGGUGCGGGACGUCGCAGUCACUAGAGAUGAUGGCAGGGUUUAGAGGGUUUGCCGGCGACAGAGGUGCCGACUCGGGUAGGGGCCGAUGAGGUAGUGUGUGACAACACUUGCUGGUCGUGGAUGGUGGUGGGAAGUGGUUGGGCAGGUAUAGGUGGGUGGGUCAUUAGAGUGGACGAAGAAAAAGGUAGGCGGCGGGAGGAAGAGAAUAGUAGCAACAACAGGUUGUCACCUGUGUAGGAGAGGCGAGGGGUUAACCAGACUUGAGUGUGGGGUGUGUGAUGUCACGGUCACUGGAGAUGGUCGAGGGAUUUAGAGGGAUGACCGGCGUCAACGUCGGCGGAGGUGGUGACUCAAGCAUGGGGAAGUGUUCGACAACACUCGUCGGCUAUAGGGUGGCGGUGGCAGGUGGUUAGACAACAGGGAGAGUUGGGCGGAUUGUGGACGGAAAAAAGUAGCGACGAGAGGAAGAAGAAGAACCGGUAGCAGAGGUGGGUCGUCGCUAGCGGAGAAGAGGUAGGGGAUUAAUGGAUUCGAGUGUAGGGUACAGGAGGUCUUGGGUGACUCCGUGACGGAGAUGAUGGUUGGGUUUAAAGGGAUGGCCGGUGCAUCAUGUUGUAGUAUUUUUUUUUGCACAAUCCAUCCCGAGAAAACAUAUAAAUAAAAGAAAUUGGUUAAAUUAUGUUAGAAAUAUCUAUUUGGGUGGAGAUAUGAGGAAGACUGCAGCUCAUGACAGUCGCUUUCCUCUGUCGAUAUUUUUAUUUGAGGGAAACAACAGGACUCUGCUGCGUAUUUUUAUUAAUUUUUUAAAAAAUAUACAAAGGUUCUGUACAGAUUAAAAAAGAAAAGAAACUAUACAACAUCAGGAUCAAAGUCCUGAGAAAAUGACCCAAAAGAAAAGGAAAGAAAAAGAAAAAAAUAUCUACAAAAAGUACAUCAUACACAAAAGAUACGCCUGAGAAGAGUGCUCCAGCCAUGUAGGCAGGUAGUUUCUUAGUGAGGAUCGUGCAGAUCAUCCGUUGUAUCUCCUACUCUAGCAAUUCCAGAGUGGCAUGCUCAAGGUGCCUUUAUUUGAAGUCAUGUGCCCAUUGUUCCAAGUUUGCAUAUUCUUCUCUGGUUGCUCUGUGGACUAGCCAUUUCAGUUCUUCUUUGAAAGUCUUUCGGCAUCUAUAAAGGCUGGGUGUUAUUUUAUUGAAUAUGAAUUCAUUUCUUGUGAUCCAGAUUGCCCAAGCAGCAAGGAUGAUAAUCUCUAGGGAGAAGGGGAGAUCCAGCAUCUCCUUUAGGUUAUUUAUCUCCUGUUGAAUGCCUUGGUAGGUGGGAGCCUAAUUGGCUGCUAAGUAUGUCCAACAGAUUCUGGAAGAAGGGCAAUUGAAGAACAAAUGAUCUCUGGUUUCUAAGACCUGCAGACCACAAAGCACACAAGUAUAGCCAGGCAAGAAAAAAUUCUUUCUAUGAAGCAUGGCUCUGUUGUUUAGCCUGUUGUGUACGAGCAUCCAGAAGAAAAUCUUGUGCUUAAGUUGGCAGCAAGUUUUCUAGAGCCUGUAGCUCAUGAAUGCAGCCAAGGACGGGGCAUCGUACAAGUGACAGUGACUGCAACGAGGGCAAGAUGUCAAUCUUGGGGCUGGCACCGGAGACCGUGAGCACAACUGGGGGGCGAGGCGUCAACAACAGCUGCAUCGCCCGUGUUGGCCCCUUGAGUUUUGGACCUGCCGCGCUCCAGUUCUGGAAGCUGUCAUUCCCAUUCAUCCCCUCCAGCGGCCUUCAGGUGGAGAUGAAGAUAUAGAAAGAAUAGAAGAAAUGGUGGUCUAGGGUGGGUCGUGUCCUAGGUGGUGGAUUGACCGAGUGCGUCUACGAGCCGUCAUAUCCUCCCCUUAUUUGGUGUCAAUAUGAGUGUUUGUGAGCAACCCGACUUGUAAGCAUGAUAUGAGGGGUCUGGUUGGGUCACCUUUUUCUUCUCUCUCCUGUGCGGCGACCGAUCGGGCGUGUCUGCAGAUGUUUGAGUAGGAUUUGAGGGGACCAGCCAUAGGUGCUCUAAGAUUAUUGUGUUUGAUAGUACGACGUGUGUUAGAUGAUUGUCAAAAAAAUGUGUGCUAGCUUAGUCGACAUUGUUCUCAGUUAUUUAGCUCAGUGAGUAGCAGUGGCAGAGCUUAGUGGAGACCAACCUAGGUCGUCGCCCCCAGCCUAUGGGAUUUCUUCAUACUAUUUCUCAGUAAAUUAUUUAGAUAAUCAAUAAAAUCUGGCCAAGCCUCCCCCGCCCCCCUCCAAGCCCAUUGCCCCUCCUAAGAUGUGGCCCAAGCGAUAGUACCAAUGAGUAUCAUCUUUUUUUCAAAGGCCCGUGGCAACGCACGGACAUUUUACUAGUUAAAAGUAGUUAUCCAUAAAUACUAGAAGGUGGAUUGGCUACGUCCUACUGUGUGCAAGGCAUGGUCGAGGCUUCGAGACACCGAUCCACCAUUUUUCGUUAAUUUUCACAAUUCAUAGACAUAAAAAAAAUUCCAAUUCAAAGGGUUUUCUGCAAAAACAAAAAGAACAGGCCACGCGCCCUCCUCCCAGCCUUCCUGUCACUGACAGCGGGCCCCAUGCCAUGCUGGCAUUGCCAAGUCAAAAUCAUUUCGUAUCAAACGUGGUUUGCACCGUAUUUGCAUGUCCAAACCAAGUUUUUGCACCAAUUCAAUGUACCACAAAUUCUAACAUCAAAGUGAUCGUUUGCGUCAAGUUCAAGCACCACCAGUGUAAUUGACUCUCUUUUGUCGGAAAAAAAAACCUGAACGGAUGCAGUAGUGCAGUGCCUAUCUUUUUUUUUCUUUUUCUUUUUUGUAAAACCUGUAGUGCGUGGGAAAGCAUUGCUCGUGUCUUAUCCACCAGAGGCGGGGAGCUGCUCUCCCCGGCCAUCGGGUCGCCCCUCUUCAUCCGAGCUCCGGCAAUGUCCGCCCCCAGCGUGACCCCCAUCCCCAUUACCACCAUCUCCGAGCUGAAGCAGCACCACUCGCAGCUCGUCCGCCUCGGCCUCGCCUCGCACCCCGCCCACGCGCGCCGCCUCCUCGCCUUCCUCGCGCGCGACCCGGCCCGCCUCCCCUACGCCGCGCGCCUCCUCGCGCACCACCCGGACCCGCACCCGGCGCUCUUCAACCCGCUCUUCGCCUCCCUCCCGCCGCGCCACGCCGCGGCGUUCCUCUCCCUCAUGCUCUCCCUGCCCCUGCACCCCGACCACUUCACCCUGCCCCGCAUCCUCCCCGCCGCGCCGCUCCCGCUCGCCGCCCAGCUCCACGCGCUCCUCCUCAAGCUCAACUUCCACUCCCACGCGCACUCCUUCAACGCGCUCCUCGCCGCCUACCUCGCCAACGCGCGCGCGGACCUCGCCUUCCGCCUCUUCGGCGGCGGCGGCUCGUCGGCAGUCCUCGACGUCGUGUCGUGGACCACCAUGGUGGGCGGGCUGUGCAGGCUGGGCCUCGUGGACGACGCGCGGGAGCUGUUCGACGGAAUGCCCGAGAGAAAUCUUAUUUCCUGGAACGCGAUGAUCUCCGGGUAUGUCAAGGCUGGCCGGUUCUUGGACGCGCUGGAGGUGUUCGACCAAAUGCGAGCGACGGGGCUGGAGGGGAAUGGGUUUGUCGCGGCGAGCGCGGUGGUGGCGUGCACGGGUGCUGGCGCGCUGGCCCGUGGGAGGGAGGUGCACCGGUGGGUGGAGCAGAGCGGGAUACAGAUGGAUGAGAAGCUAGCCACGGCGGUGGUCGACAUGUACUGCAAGUGUGGGUCUGUCGAGGAGGCAUGGCGCGUAUUCCAGGGGCUGCCGACGAAGGGGCUCACGUCGUGGAACUGUAUGAUCGGUGGGUUGGCUGUGCACGGGAGGUGCAAGGACGCCAUUGAGCUGUUCCAUCAGAUGGAGAGGGAAGAUGUGGCGCCCGAUGAUGUCACGCUGGUGAACCUCCUCACUGCCUGCGCCCACACCGGCAAUGUCAGCGGCGGUCGCCACUACUUCGACUACAUCGUGCAGAGAUACGGCAUUGAGCCCAAGAUGGAGCAUUACGGCUGUAUGGUCGACCUGUUCGGGAGGGCAGGGCUGCUGGACGAAGCCAAGAAGGUGAUCGACGACAUGCCAAUGGAGCCUGACAUUGGUGUCCUCGGAGCACUCUUCGGAGCAUGCAAGAUCCACAGGGACCUCGACCUAGGCGAGGCGAUUGGAUGGCGCGUCAUCGAGCUGGAUCCCCAGAACAGCGGGCGGUAUGUGCUGCUGGCCAACCUCCUUGCCAGCGCUGGCCGAUGGGGAGACGUGGCCAAGGUCCGGCAGCUGAUGGACGAGCGCAAUGUGAGCAAGGAGGCUGGGCGGUCCGUGAUCGAAAUCGACAGCGAGGUCUGUGAGUUCCAGUGCGGGACCCUGCGCCAUCCCGAGGAGAAGGAGAUAUUUGGCAUGGCGAAGGACAUGAUGAGGAAGAUCGGGCUGGAGGGCUACGCACCAGACACCAGCGACGUGUUGCACGACGUCGCGGAGGAAGCGAAGGAGGCGUCGCUGCUGUAUCACAGCGAGAAGCUGGCCAUCGCGUUCGGGCUGCUACGCACGAGGCCGGGUGAUACGAUGCGCGUCACGAAGAACCUGCGGGUCUGCCGAGACUGCCAUGAGGCGACCAAGUUGAUAUCUCGCGUCUUUGAGCGGGAGAUCGUGGUGAGGGACAGGAACCGGUUCCAUCACUUCAGGGAUGGGGCGUGUUCGUGUAAUGACUAUUGGUGAGUAUACUCGAAACAUAUGCAGAAAAUCGUCUUGGUGAAAGUAGAUACCGCCUUAUUAGGGAAAAUAACCCCUAGAAAUUUUAGAUCCAAAAUCCAAAUGCACAUUGAAAAACAAAAAGGAAAAAUCUUGAUGUGAAUAGUGUAAUUUUUGCUGCUGUCUUUUAUAUAUAUAUAGCAUUGUGUAUUUUGAGUUUGGAUGUAAAUAUUUCAAAGAUCAUGGACAGAUGUCUUGGGAACAUUCACAAAAAAAAUUCAGAUUUUUUUGAAAUAUUUGAAAUUGCACUUUUAGACAUGUGAACAUGGCAACGCCUUAUUGUUGGGAGCACUAGAUAUUCUCCCCCACCUUAUUAUAAGUGAGAGAAUAUUACAUGGAAACCAAGUUUCAAAGAAAACUUCACGGAAACCAUGUUUGAAAGUUUUCAAAAAUCUGAAAAAACAAAUAAGAGAUGCUAAGAGCUUGAUGCCUCCGUUGUCAUGCGAAAUUCCAAGUUCAAACACAUUACUAUUUACGAGCUAUGAAAAAAAAACAAAUUCAGCAAUGAUAAGUGGCGUUUACUUUUUGACACUAUUCAAUGCUGAUUUUAUUUAUAAAUGGUAAUGUUUUUGAACUUGGGAAUCUCACAUGCUAAUAAAACAUCACCCUUAAGAUUUUUUUUAUAGAUUUUUUCAAAACUUUAAAAUACUAUUUUCACAUGGUUUUCAUCGGUUUUCUCUGAAACUUGAUUUCGAAGUGAUAUUUUGUCAUUGGAAGUUAUGCUCACUGACACAUCAUGUCAAAGAGUGCAUGUCAGAACACCUUCUAAUGGUGUGUGACUUACUGGAUUGGCGCCUACGACUAUGUUGCACCGAAGAAAGAUAGAUUUAUUUUCAAGCUUGGCUCUCACUGAACUAAAAUACAUGCAAAAGAUCACCCCCCCUCCUCCACCAACCUAGCGUCGUUGGCUCCCCGCCGCUGGUGGCCACCUCGCCCUCCCCAGCCCCACCCCCAAACCGAUGUUGGCCACUCUGGCCAUGGCAGCCACCAUAUCACCAUUCUUCCUUCUGAAGACGUCGGCCACCUUCCCAUCACCGCAUGGUGUUUUCCGAUCUCCAAUUCGACCAAGGCUAGAUUUCGAAGCGAUGAUUUGGAAGAACUUUAGAGUUCCAGACAAUCUUCUUGAUGGUCAUAGUCUUCAUGAAUUUCUCUUGGUGGCUAAAUUCUCGAGGUCAAGGAUCCAUUUGAAUCCUGAAUUAGUUGGACUUAUUCUUCAAUCUUGCUUUGGCGGAAAUGGAGCCAGGUUCAAACUUUCUCAAGUUCAAUAUUGGUCAUUCAAAUUCAUCAUUUCAUCUAGAGAGGUGGGUUUUCCUAUUUAUAAUGGCGGUCAUAUUGCUAAUGAAAAGAUCAAUCUGCAAUUCUAGCUUAGGGGCAAAGUAGGCAUGAAUUCUUGCAAGGAGUUUGGCUUAUAUUACAAAGAACAAGAAGAUAAAUGGACCAUGGUCACGCGUUCAAAAAUUCAAGGUAAAUCUUUUGCCAAUGUUACUAGAUCUCCUCAUUUUUUAUUUAUCAAGUUCGUCUGAAGAAUCCUCUUCCAAGCAAGCACCAUAAUUUUGUUUUCCAGCGCCUUGAAUUGUCAGGAAAAAAGUGUAACAGAAGAGACCUUCAGGGAUCAUUCAUGAGCGGGAUCUGAGGAAUUUCAAAAUUCUAAGCAGCAGGCUAGAACUUCUUAUGGGUCGGGCCCAAGGCCUCGCGAUUGACAAACAUUUUGUGUUCUCCGUCGGGUGUUUGCCACUUCCGUCCUACGUGCACUAACAAGAUUUGAUGUAGGGACUCCAAGUGUUGGAACAUGUGACCUGCUCUUGCCGCUCCAGGCCUAGACUUCCUAAUCCUUCCGCUAAUCCCAAAUCACAUGUGGGAAUCACUGCAACUCAAAUCUCAAGUCAUCAACCUAAUCAGUCUCAUUGGUAACAGAAGGUUGUGAUCUCCCCUGGAUCAUCAUCAAUGUUGACGGUUCUUGGGAUGAUGUCAGCGGGGCAGCUAGUUAAAGAACAUAGAAAGGUGGCAUCUUCAACUUCCUCGACCAAUUCCUCAUUUGCUCCAAACACUUUUGAAGACCAUUAUACGCAGGCUGCAUCAUUCCCCUUCAAUCUGACGUCCUUCCUGUCGAUGGGGCAUCAAGUGAUUGAGGUUGAAGUUCGGCUUCCUCGAGUUAGGGUAAUCUUUUUGCACAUUCAUCCUGCAAAUGAAGACCUUGCCAUUUCAACAUUUGUUCCUAUGCCCAAGGUGAGGUAUAUUUCAUCAAUAUCAGAGUGAUCAUUACUGAAUUCUUAAGAUAUGUGGAGAGAUUAGGGUUUAAGGGGGUCAACUCUUGUCCCCAUGGGCAAGCAUUUUUCAGGCUCGA